AUGAGCAACCACUUGUCGCCGGCGGCCGCCAGCGAGCAUUCGAGCUACGCAACCUCGAUCAGCCACCUCGGCGCCAGCCCAGCACCUUCGCACCACUCUUCAGCCACAUCCUUUUCCUCAUCAUCACCAUCACCAUCAGCAAAGAUGAACGCUUCUUCCUCCUCCACCUCCGACGACGCCGCCGACUUUGAGCCACCUGCCAAACCCAUCACCUGCCGAUGGGACGAUUGUGGCAAGAUCUUCUACGAUCCCGAGGUCGUCUACAAGCAUCUUUGCGACGAUCACGUCGGACGCAAGUCUACCAACAAUCUCUGCCUCACCUGCAAGUGGGAAGGCUGCGACGUCACCUGUGCAAAGCGUGACCACAUCACCUCUCACAUCCGCGUGCACACGCCCUUGAAGCCCCACAACUGCGAUGUCUGCGGCAAGACUUUCAAGCGUCCACAAGAUCUCAAGAAGCACGAACGCAUCCACACCGAACAGCACCAGCAGCAGCGUCAACACAAGGCCGCACAGAACGCAGCCGCUCGCGCCUACUCCAUGUCCGAGCACGCUGCCUCCUUCGGUGGCGCCGCUUACCCCUACCCUCCUCAGAUGCACGCUGCCAACGCCUACCUCGGCUACCCGCAGCUCCCCGCACAGCACGGCAUGUACGCCUCGGUAUCCGCCUACCCUUCCGCUUACCCUUCCCUGCCUCACAACUCUGACUACCGCUACGCACACUCGACGUCCAGCGCCUCGCUCUCGCCCAUGUCGUCGCGCAUCGACACUCCACAGGGUAGCAGCCCGGUUCCCAACCACCACGCACAGGACGGCGCCUCGUACAUGCAUCUCGCCUCUGGCCUCGACCCCCGCAGCAAGGUCACCACCGACCCAACCUCGUACACCUACCUCGCCCACGGGGCUACCACCAGCCACCACCUCGCCGGCAGCAAGCGUGGUCAUGAGCAGGUCGAGGACUUCUUUGGCGACUUGAGACGCAAGAAGAUGGCUCCUGCCUAUGACUCGAACAUGGCCGACAGGCUCACACAAACCUUUGGUAUGGGUGGCAUCGACGACGCUUCCCUCAACGCCAUCCUUUCCACCUUUGACCCGUCGGCAGCUUACGGACUGGCACCAUCCGCCAAGCCUGAAGCGUCCACGGCUACCCGCGCUCCGGUCAAGCAGGAGUCUACAGACCUCGCGCAGCUCAACGCCUUCCUGCUCCAGCUCGGUGCCAGCGCCGCUUCGCUGGGCUCGCACAACAACAGCUUUUCGUCGGCAUCCUCGUCAGCGUCGUCGUCCUUGUCCUCGCAGGGCAACAACGCCGAGUUCGACCUCUCCUCGCUCUCGCAGUACGGUCUUACCGACAUUCCCGGUUUCGACGAAUCGCUGCUCGCCGGCACGGGCAGUCAAGCCAGCCAGCGCGCCAUUGCUCAGCUUCCUAGCCGCGCUCACUCGCACUACCCGGACACCAACACAUACGCCACCUCGUCCCACCAGGUGCACCAGGUGCACCAGCCUGGCUACGACAGCGUUCGCGUCUCGCGUGGUGCUGCCAUCGUUCCUCAGCUCGCUCCCAUGGACGCCGGUGGACACAGCUACCGCCGUGUCGAGGCGCUUACUCGUGCCGCCCCCGAGGAGACCCAGGUGCUUCAUCGCGAUUCUCAUCGCAUGCCUGUCAAGAUGGAGCAGGCCGAUGAUGACGAUGACGCCAUGGAGGAGGACGAGCUUGACGAGGUUGCUUCCGAGGUCAGCCGCCUCCGCUCUGUGAGCCCAGCCGCUUCUUCCGAGAGUGGCUGGUCCGAGGCCGCUCCGCGUGCUCGCCGUGACAGCUCGUCGCCGUCGCACGGCCUCUAUCCCCGUGUUUCGCCGACCGAGGCUUCGCGACGUCUGCCGCCUCUGCGUUCCAACUCGUCUGCUAGCACCUCGGCUUCGAUCAGCUCGCUCCUCGACUCGAGCAGACGCUCUUCGAUCCGACGCGACAGCACGCCUCUGGACGGAUCGUCGUCGCGUCACUCGGCUCCUGCCGCGGCGCCUUUGUCGCCAUCCAUGUCUUCGUCGACGUCGGCUUCGAGCACCUCGCUCUACCCGAGCCUCGUCGAUCGCGUGUCCAAGAUGCAGGGUCUCGGUCGAUCGUCGGACGAGGCAUCGGCGGAAGCGCUGCGUCGCAGGCACGUUCAGCUCAUCCGUGACCUGCUCAUCGCCAUCAACUUCCCCGAACAGGCACGUGCCAAGCUGCACGCCGAUCAGGAUCGAAUUCGUCUCCCACCCAUCCUCACCUCCCUCCCACGUCGUAGUGUCGAGGAAGGCGAGGUCACCCCUUCGGCAGCUGACAAGCUGGCCACCAGCAGCAACGGCAGCGAUGGCUCCAGCACCGAUCGUCGCUCCACCCCAACCCCUCCGGGAAGACCGACGUUGCCAACCCUCUCGCAGCUCCUCAACGAUGUACCUGCGCCGUCAGAGUCCAGGCCCUUGAGGGAGCGUGAGAUGGAGUGCGAUGUGUAA